CGUUGUCGGCGCGGCGCGGCGCGGGGCGGGCGGCGCUCCCCGGCAGCGCAGCGGCAUGAAGGAGUCGUCGCUGCCCGGCACCUCUCUGCAGCGGGCCUGUCGCCUCCUCGUCGCCUUCUGCGCCCUCCAUCUUUCGGCCACGCUGCUCUACUACCUGGCGGGCAGCGCCCUGGGGCCGCCGGGCAGCCCCGAGCCGCCGCCCCGCCGCCCGCCGCCCGCCAACUUCUCGCUGCCGCUGUCCCGCCCGCCGCCGCCCGCCACCCGGCCCCCGCCCGCCGCGCCGCCGCCGGGCCCCUGCCCAGAGCCCUCCCCACUGCUCGUUGGUGCACUACGUGUGGAGUUUUCCCAGCCUGUGAACCUGGAUGAAGUAGCAAGAAUAAACCCAGAGGUCAGAGCAGGAGGUCAUUUUGCUCCAAAGGACUGUAUAGCACUUCAGAAAGUUGCAAUAAUCAUACCAUUCAGAAACCGAGAGGAGCACCUAAAGUACUGGCUCUACUACCUUCACCCAAUUCUCCAAAGGCAACAGUUAGAUUAUGGAGUGUAUGUUAUCAACCAGGAUGGUGAAGAAGAAUUUAACCGUGCUAAACUGCUGAAUAUAGGAUUCGCAGAGGCUUUGAAAGAGUAUGACUAUGAUUGCUUUGUGUUUAGUGACGUAGACCUCAUCCCAAUGGAUGACAGGAAUACCUACAAAUGUUACAACCAGCCAAGGCACCUCUCUGUCUCCAUGGAUAAAUUUGGAUUUCGGUUGCCUUACAAUCAGUAUUUUGGAGGUGUGUCUGCCUUAAGCAAAGAGCAAUUCACGAAGAUCAAUGGAUUCCCAAACAAUUACUGGGGCUGGGGUGGUGAAGAUGAUGACAUUUAUAACAGGCUAGUGUUUAAGGGUAUGGGGAUAUCCCGCCCAGAUGCCGUCAUUGGGAAAUGCAGAAUGAUUCGGCAUUCCCGGGAUCGAAAGAACGAACCCAACCCCGAGAGGUUUGACAGAAUUGCUCACACAAGGGAGACAAUGAGCUCUGAUGGCUUAAAUACACUAUCCUACAAGGUGUUAAGAACUGACAAGUACCCUUUGUAUACCAAGAUCACUGUGGAUAUUGGCUCACCAAACAGCUAACAGGCACAAGAGACAGUUACAGGCACAAGAGACAUCUUGCCUAUGUUGCCCAGGACAUCUGGCCUCGUGGAUGCUUUAUGUCUGCUGGUUUUAUAAUAGUUGCAAUGGACAAACACACACACACAAAAGGGCCUCUUUUUGGCAUGCCAAAGUGUCUCCAGAUUGGUUGGACAAGUGCUUAUUUUUGGUGGUGGUGGUGUUUUGGGUUUUUUUAUUCUAAACUUGACUUUAUACAACUUUCUAGCUCUCCAUUGUUUUGUAAGUCUAGAAGCUGUACAUAAGAGUUGUAAAUAUUUACUUUGCCAUAAAAAUGUUGAAUCUGAUCUAUUUGUUGCAGUGCUCUCCAUGUUGAGUUAAUUACUGGACCCAAAUUUUACUGAUUUUAACUGUUACAACCCGUAGUAUUUGGUAUUUUAAAGGAGGUGGAUGAAAACGUUUCUUUUAAUUCAUUCCUGGUUUUACUUUAUGAAGGACUGUAAAAUGCUGCUAAAAUUGUAUGAGUUUACUCUUUGCAUAAGAUUCUUUUUUAAUGGAGAUAAUAUCAUAGAUUUUUUUUCUCUCAGUGACCAAAACAAACAUCUUCUCUGUAUGCAGAGCAAGUGUUGAAAAAUCAAGUCUCAAUUCAGUGAAUGUCAUUAUUUCUUACAGUCUCAAAGGAGGCUUUGAGUGAGUUGAGCUAGAGUUUGCCGGAAUUUGCCAGCAAGCUGUGUAGCUCCCAUCCUAUGCAGAGAGUAUCUGCAAAUCCCCUAGCUUCAGAUAACCUUCCUUCUGGAUAUGAUAGUGACAUUUUUUCUCAGCACAACACUUGGAGUUUUGGGAGGAGUGGAGAAUGUGUUUGGGGUUUGUGUUUAUUUUUUCCCCAAAAUAACAAUUAAUUUAAUUGUGGGCUGAUAUUGUGGCCUUAAAAUUAACUGACACUUGUUAACAGUGGUAGAAAUUAACAUGCGGUUUAAGCAUUGUCUGAAGCUUCCUAAAAACUAAAUUUUUCUCGCAAGGUCAUACAUAAAACUUGAAUUCACUUAUUAGUUUUGUUGUUGUAUACUUUUAAAUAAUUUUAAAGUACUUUGUAUAUCAUAAGCAAUAUAGUUAAUGCUGGAUUAAACUAGGGCAUAAUAGGAUAUGAUUCAAGGCCUCCUUUAUCUUCAGACUAGUAGGCUUUUUAUGUGCGUCAUUUUAUAUAAGCCAUGUAUUAUAUUUGCUCUGCAUAUUUGUCCAUGAAAUUUCCUGCAGUGCUGAGAUACAGCAGGGCUGACAUCCAAUCCAUUCUCCUUUGCCUAAAGCCUGUUGCAAUGUGUGUCCUCUAUCCGGAAACCCCCCUCUGGUUUUCUCAGGCUUUGAAGGGCCUGCACGUCUCAGAGUACUACUUUCAGUCAGUGCACCUCUGUACAGACACCCUGCUUUUCCCUUCCUGUCACCAUAUGAGAGCCUCAAGCGCUGACACUCUCAGAGCUGGUUUAAAGCUCUGUGCCAGAACUGAGAGACAAAUUCCUUCUGGUGAAAGAUUUGCCACCAGCUCUGACCACAGCAAUUUGCACUUCCUUGGCCUGUGCUGAAGGCUGUUGCAAUCAGGGACACUCAUUGCAUUGGGGAUCAUCUUCAGCACUGCCUCUUGUUUUUCGGGGAGUUUUUGUUUUGGUUUUUUGGGCUUUGUUUUUAGUGGUUUGUUUGUUUGUUUUUAUUGAGACCUGAAGGUUUUGCUGAACCCUUGCACUGCAGGGGUGGGAUCCUGCAGCGUCCAGGAAACAGCAGAUUUCUUCUUAGGCCAUCAGUGGCUCAGAGUAUGCAUGGAGACUUUAAUUACUAGGGAGACACCAACUGCCUUUUCAGUUUUGCCUUGAAAUUUGUUCUGCUUUAAAGCUGUUUCUGGCCAGAGUUGCUGCUUCAGUUGUGCUGGGGACUGGACAAAGGUGAGUUUGCACAGAGCAGGAGCAAAGCAUGAGGAAGCAGGCUUGUGUUGAAGAUCCACUUUCUUGCACUUAUCUUAGCAUUUUAAAAAUUAUUCCUUUUGUUACAUGUCAGGCUCCAGCUCUUCCAGACAUAAGGGAGUACAAGAAGAGGAUGUGUAUCAGAAAUCAGGUCAAAUGUCUACCUGUAGAACAUCGUUUAAGCUGUAGUCUGUAAUGGAGAUGCAGGAGAGGACUUUAUUUUUCCAAAGGUGCCUUAGAAGCAGGGCCCCAUUACCACAGGUGGCAGAUCAGCACCAAAGCUCAUCAAGGCUCUACUGAAAAUUCCAGGUCUCUGCAGAGAGCAAUUCAAUUUUGUGCUGAGCCUUUUGUAAUUUGAAGAGCUGGGACCUUCAGCUGUAGUGGUGUCUGUCUGCUAACAGGCUAUGCAAAGGGGCUUCCUGUUGUAAUUGUGGUUAGUUUGGGAUUUGUGUUUUUUUUUCUUUUUUUCUUGCCUUACUAGUCACUGAAGAUUAGAAAUGUUAGUGUUAACAACCCAACCUGUUGGUUUGCUGUAUGCCAAAAUCAUUAAAUAUCGUGGAGGUGAUCUGAGCACUUGUUCCUGGCUGUUGCAAUCAGAAGUUUCUACACAUGUGCCUUAAAGAGGAGAGAAAUGGAAACUGGAAAAGCAGGAAACCUGAAAACCAUUUUCAGCAGAGAGACACUAGUGGUGCAAGAAACUGGUGGCUUAUUUCCAGCUUUUCACUUUUACAAGCCAUGUAACAGCUGAAGCUGCCUUUCAUUGCUGGUUUUGCCCUUUGGUGCUGACCCAUGACUUCCAGAUCAUCCUGUCCCCAUGUAAACUAUCAGUCAAGCUGAUGAAACACUCUUGACUCAACCUGGCCAUGAAAUUUCUCUCCGUGGGAUUUUCGGGGGCCUUUUCUACAAACACUCAUGUUGCACAGAAGUGAAUUCUGGCCAUGAUCUGUGGUGGGUAGGUUUUUGGGUUUUUUCUGUCUUGUAUUGGUAGCACCACACAAAGUGAUUGUCUAUGGGUUGAAACCCAGAACAAAUAGCUGCAAAAGAAAUGCUAGCGCUUGGUUUCUUUGGGAUUACUGUUUGCUUUUUUGGAUGAGAGAGGGUGCUGGCAUGCAGCUUUUCCCUGGGAUGUCACUUGUGUUCUGGGCUGCUUAUGGGUUUUCUUUAACUGGUUUUGCUUUCACAUUUUUAUCAUUUAUGUAUCAAUGGAUGUGUAAUCUGAUGUUCCUACUUUACUGUUGAAGUCAAAUAAAGUAUUUUCGGUUAUGA